AGGAGAUGAAUGACAAGCUAGGAUUACCAUUUAAUGAAAAUGGAUGGACAUAUGUCAUUGCUAAAGAAAUCCCAAAACAGGACAAUGGUACUGACUGUGGUGUAUUUGUUUGUCAGUAUGCUGCUCACAUUGUUCAGGGAUUGCAGAUCUUCGACUUUAAACAGGAAGAUAUUCCUAAUUUGAGACUGCAAAUGAGUGAUGAACUCAAAACCUUAACUCCAGUUUCAUUAAUUUCCGAGUGGGCAGAGACUUAUGGCGAUGGUGGUAGUGAGACUUAUAAUGAUACUGAAAUAUACCAUAGUACUGAUGAUGAUGAUGAUGAUGCUCAAAAAACUGAUUACUCUACCUGUGCCACUGAUGAUAUAGAUAAAGUUGGAGAAACCCUUGAUGAGAGUGAAAAGUGCAUGCGAAAUGCAAGCUCACUGCAGGAUCCUGUGGGGAAUCAAGAUACAGAUGGAUGGGAUGUCAGUGAUGCUGCUGAUCAUGACAGGAAUCUGGACUUUGACACUACUAAAGUAGCAGAUGAAGRCGAUGAUGUAAAUCCACAAGUAUAUACAGAUGGAACUGUAGGUAGUUAUAAUAGUUGCGGUAAUUAUGGUAAAGUGCAACAAGCUGGUGCUGGGUCAAAUACUGAAGGUGCAGCUGAAGGUGGUGCCAGUGGAAAACACGUCGAUGAUAAUGAGAAAGAGCCUUUCUAUGUAGGAAAAAAGAUACACAGUGAACAGGAAUUGGAGGAAUUAAUUAGCACGUACGAAAAAUCCCAUUUCUGUUCACUGUGGAAAUAUGAUUCCAAAACACUCGAGGCAGCACAAAAGAAAACACCCAAGAAAAUUGCUUAUGCAAAGCACUCCUUAARAUAUGAUUAUGUGUUCAUGAAAUGUAUUUUUGGGGACAAACCAAAGAGGUCCAGCCAGACGAGGAAAAGAAACACAAAAUCAUUUAGGCAAGGAUGCCCAUUUGAGAUCUUCAUCAAGUUAUCCCCUGGUUGUCAAACACUGGAAGUGUCUCGGUUCAAAGAAGAACAUAACCAUGAACUGAUACAAGACGUCUUUGACCAUCUUCCAAAGCAGAGAAGUGUAAGCACUGCCCAUAAAAAAGAAAUUGAAGAAGCAAUUCAACUGAAAGCAAAUCCGAAACUUCUCCGUGAAAAAGUUGAGAAAACGACAGGAAAAAAAGUGACACUGAAAGAUAUUUCCAAUCUGAAACAAAGAACAAAAAGUGAACUAAAACAAAAUAACUUGGAUUCAGUCAUUGAAUUACUAAAAAACCAAGAGGGCUCUUCUGUGGAAGUCAUUAUUGACGAAGCCGAAAAAAAUUUCAAGGGCCUCUUGUACAUGGACAGGUACAUGAAGAACAUGUAUACUAUGUUCCCUGAAUUGCUAUUAGUUGACGCCACAUACAAGCUAUUAGAUCUUAGAAUGCCAGUGUAUCUGCUUCUAUGUGUGGACGGAAAUGGCUUCAGCGAAAUAGUGURCAUGUUUUUCUUGGCCGAAGAAACGAAAGACGUAAUUGAAGCUGCAGUGAAUGCAUUUAAGAAGUUCUGUCCGGCUUGGAUUAACACUCAUGUUGUCAUGUCUGACAAGGACUUCACGGAAAGAGAGGCCUUUACAAAGUGUUUCCCCCAAGCAUCGUUGAACAUAUGCUUAUUUCACACUCUAAGAUCUUUUUCAAGAUGUGAAAAAAUGGGCAUCACCUCUGAUGAAAGGAAUCGUUCCUUGGAAAUUUUGACGAAGAUGGCCUACUCAAGAACACGUAGCGAGUAUGCUAAAUACCACCAAGAACUUGAUUCGAUCAGUAAGUCAGUAAGAAUAUAUAUAGAUAAGAACUGGACUCCAAUUAAGGCACAAUGGGUGUCUUGUUUUAAGGACUGUACAUUAAAUAUCGGAGAAACUACAAAUAAUCGUCUGGAGUCCACAUUCAGCAAAAUCAAAUCUGUCUGCAGCAAAUAUGCCAGCAUCCUACAAUUUACCCAUGAAUUCCUUUCUGUUCUUAAUGUACUGAGAAGUGAAAGAAGCCAUCACUAUGUUAUGUCCAUUGUCCGUAAGCCUAUCAAGAGUAAGUGCCAUCAAGAUCUUCAACAAUAUUUAAAUUUUCUGACACCAUAUGCCGCCUUUAAAUAUGUAGAGGAGCAAUUCAAUCUAUCAUCAAAAAUGCAACCAGUAACAAAUGACACAUUACAAAAGACAUUUUCAUUCAGCUCUUCGAGAUCAUUUAACAACAAUGAUAAUUUUACAACAACAAGUUCCUCAUGUACAUGUCCCUUCCAAAACAAAAUGGCCCUUCCUUGCAAACAUAUCUUUAAGGUGAGAAAUAUUCUUAACUUGUCUUCAUUUGAGCCAAGAACUGUUCAUCAACGGUGGACAAUGACUUAUUACAGAACACUUCGAGAAACACGCUUCUAAAAAUCCAUAUGCGAUACCAUUACGGUAAAUGAAGUCACACUGCCGUCAAACAGUGACAAAAGAAAAAUAAUGACGCAGGCGCAAAAAUUUAAAAAAGGACUACAACUGGGUCAACAAUUGGCAUCUUUAAUAAGUGAAGGAGGAAUGCCCACAUACUUAGAAAGAGAAAGCGUUUUAAAAACUAUCAUUGAACAGUGGAAAAUAGGGAAAAAAGUGGAAUUGUGUGUCCCGAAAAAUGAAAAUAGAACCGAUGAUCAAACAG